AUGUUGUCAGCUCCCGUUAAAUCGGCGAAGCGUAUCUCCUCCCUCUUUUCGCUGGGUUCACACAAGGAACACAAUGCGCCCAGUUCGCCGGCCUCGUCGGGAUUGAAUGGCUCUUCAGAACUUUCUCAGGAUAGGAGGCGACGAAGCAAUUCGCGACCGACUCGACAUGUCUCGACUCCCAAUGCGGUCUUCUCAGAACCAAGGACCGUCCCGAAUGCUGGUCCCGUGGAUUUCGACCUGGAAAGCCUCCCGCCCCCACCAUCCUUGUUGGCAGUGAAUCAUGACCUGGCCAACAGCGCGCCUAGCUCGCCUACCGAUGCUCGCCCCGGCAGCAGGGGUCGCGAUAUGACCAGACCUUCCAGUUCAGCCGGUUUGGCCAUCCCGGGCUCCACGCCAGAUUCGCGCCCGGGCACGCCAUCAAAACGCAGAAGUUGGAUGCCGGGGAUGAUGGGUCGGUCGCGGGCGAGCUCGGUGGACAAGCGGAUGCCAACCCCGGCCUUACCAAGUGCCUGGAUCGCCGGGUUAGAUCAGAAGGUGGUGUACGAUAUGGAACCUUUGUCAAGAGGCGGCCAGAUCGCCGAGCUGUGGAACGAGCAAGGCGACACAUUCGUCUACCUUUUCCCUCAGAACACUGGCCGGGCGCCUUCGUUCAAAGUCGAUUCCACAAUCUUCGCCGAGUCUCCUUCCCUGACGUACCUUGCUCGAGGCACCGACUCAAAAGAGAGUGGCUUGGAGCACUCCACACGCACUCUUUCUCUCCAGAACCCAAUUUCACCACCGUUGACCCCGCAGGAUCGGUUAGGAGACGACGAUGACAAUGAUAGCUCGGGCAGCCAGCGGAUGGCAUUUGUCGAUGAUGGUCCCGAUGAGGUUCAGGAGCUGCACCUGUACCUCCCCAUUCCUCUGAACAGUGACGUGUCUAGCCCACACUCGAAACUCACGCAAGAAGAUCUGGAGACCCUGCUCUUGUUCCGCAACUUGUUUGCUUUCCUACUGGGCCAAUCCCUCAUUGCGACUCCCAAGUCGGGAUCCCUCUUCAGCAUCUUCAUGGAUGUGGCCGUCUUGCUGUCCCGAUUUGAGUUCUCCAACCUGGAUGGAUCUAACUUUGGUGAAACGGCUACCUCCAGCUUCAGCAACUACUGCGACGAACUGCGCCUGGCUGAUGUGCGAAAGAGCCGUGAGAAGACGAUCGAAGCUAUUGUGUUAGGCGAGCGGCUUCGCUACUACCCACUAUACCUGGAGGGAUUCGUUCACGGUGUUGGCAAACUAGAUGAGCUGAAGCAGCUCCGCAGCCCGAAGUACGGCUUCAUCCAUCCGAUCACCCAAAAGCGCCUGGAGCGUGGCUUCAUCGACCUGGAUACCCGUCUGCGGGGCCUGUAUGGCAAGCUGGAGGACUUUGAUUUCCCCUCGGUUUUCUCCGGCUUUGCCAACUCGACUUCGUCCGAGGAAAGCAAGAUCAUUCGUUUCAAGAAUUGGAAGGCCAGUUUCCAAGAGUUCCGCCGCUUCACUAUCAACUACUACCGCAACAAGUACGGUGCCUGGCCACCCAAGGCUCGGUCUAAGAAGAAUGCAUUCGAAGAAAGCGGACUCAAUCGCCAACUCCUUCUGGACCUGUAUGGUGAUUUCACUGAUCUAUACGAUCUGCUCGUGGAUCGCACCAACCUGACUACCCGGACGAUCGACUCCUCGGGUCCCGGUGGCGACCCCUCCCCGACAGACCCCCAGGCGAUUAUGCUUCGUGCUCUUCGCCACGUGCUGAGCGAGUAUGACCGCAGUACCCCUCCUGUUGCGCCUCCCAUUCCAUUCGAUGUUCCCCAACUGCCAUCUGUGCAAGGGCUGCACCGCAAGCCUCUGGACGCUAAGAAGGAGGCCAAGUACCGCGCCAAGAAGCUCAAGGCUUCGGACAUCAACGCUGUCCUCAUGGGCUCAUACACCCGUGAGAGCAUGCGACCUACUCCAUUCAUCGAGAGCUUCACCCAAUUUGAGCGACGAUGUGCAAACGGCAAGAGUGUGGAUGAUCUGCUGGAACUGCGUUGCGGACAGUGGAUUUUCCUUUACGCUGUGCUCCAAUCUCUUCCCAUGCUGGUUGUGGACGUUCCCGAGGUUCGCUUUACGGAGGGCGUCGAAUACUUCCUCUGCAUUGCCCCUCGCGGCGGCGCUCCCUGGAUUCACAAUGACACCAAGACUGCUCGUGCGUGGUUUGGUGUUGCUGGUGGUGCUGGUGUGGUCAGCCUUCCGUCCGACGUUGUCAUCAACGGUGUCGAGGGUGUUUACCGACGCAGCCACUGCUGGCAAGUGGCCGAGCAGUGGGCCGAAGCCGGCGCUCUCAUUGAGCCCCCGAUGGUUGAGGAUGCAUACGAGGAAGAUGAAUCAUCCAUCUCCUCUCCUUACCAGGGCCAGCAGUCCUCUGCUGGUUCUUCAUCUGAACCACACCCGCCAUCAAUGAUGGGUCACCCUCACGGUGGCCUCACCCCACCUCCGCCAGCUAUUCCUCGGACGCGCUCUCCAGGUGCUGCCCAGCGUGUUGAGCAUCGUCACUCGAUCUAUCCAGGUCUGGAGGCUCUGCCACUCCCUGCUGGUAUUGCUCCUAUUGAGCCUCCCACUCGACCCAUUAGCCGCUUCAACCCGAACAUGAGUUUCGAUGACAUCUUGAGGGAGGUGCCCAAGAAGGACAAGAAGAAGCACUAA